CUAACCCCAAAUCCGAAAUGGAGAAAGAGAGGGCGCGGCAUAGCAAGGAGCAGAUGCCGGCGACGAAGUUGCCGACCACCGUGAAUGACGUCCCCAAUCACCUUCUCAAGCUCAUCUUCGGCCGCCUGGAUUCACAUGUGUCCUUCCUCCGUGCAGCGGCUGUGUGCACACGGUGGCGCCAUAUUGCCUCCUCCCACGGCAUGAGGUACCGUGAUUGCAACUACCAUGAUUUUUCUACCACCAUAGGCCACUACCACGUCGUCGACCCGUCUUUCUCCCCGGAGCCAAGGUCAUCGCAGGCGCAGCGCCGCCACCGUGUUGUGUUCAUCCCCGCCUUGCCGUCCAUCGACGUCCGCCACUUCACCCUCGACUUCUUGCCCAGUGGCCCUGGCAGCCGUCCCUGGCAGCUGGUCGACGGCUACGGCAGUCUUCUGCUCCUCACCAACCAGCGGCAUAGCUCCUUCCCAGACAUUGUAGUAUGCGAGCCCAUCUCGCGACGCUAUUUCAAGAUCAAGCCAAUCAAAGACAUGAAGUACUGCCACUGCCUCGGCGUCUUCCUCAACCGUAGAUACAAUGUCUCGAGCAUGUCCAGCUUCACUUUGACUUGCAUGGUGUACCAGCGUUCCACCGGAAUUGCAGAUGGAGUAAGUUAUGUGACGGCCCACGUCUACACCCACGGGCCACCUUGGUCUAGACGAUGGAGACAUGGAUGGAGCACGUCGCGCCAUGCGAUGUCCGGCGGCAUCCACAUCCGGGGUGCCGAGUCUGUCCACUAUGCAGGGCGCUCUAAAGGAUCUAUCUUCUGGGGAAUCGAAGAUGAUGGAUCUGUCUUCUCUGGAGAAGAGGGCACUGGAGUGCUCUCGCACUUCCAUCUACCUGAGAAUGUGCGGGGAUCACAACACAGAUCGACUUUCCGGUUCAUCGAUGACGGCGUCGACAACUUAGUGCGUGUUAUCAGCCUGAUCGGCAAGGAUCUUAGGGUGUUCCUCAAGAAAGAGCACAACAAUGGUGGCAGCGAUUGGGUGCUUGUCAGGAGCCUGCACCUGCCGGAGGCGACCCUUGGGUUCCCGGGGUACAAGGAGUGCUUCUUCAGCCACACCGCGAAGAUUGUCACAGCGGGCAAGGGGUAUGUGGUGCUGACUCCAGUGGAGGAGACAUGGUUGUUCUCUGUCGAGCUCGGAACCAUGCAGGUGGAGCGUGACCACAUCCGGAAUAAGCUCGCCGGCGAGGUCUAUCCACAUGAACUGUGGUUACAGCCAAAGGUGUCAGCAUGUGUACUCCGGUGUAAGAGAGGUCGUGAUGGUCCAUGCUAUGACAUGUGCAAGUGCAAAUAG